AUCCCGCAGGAUGGACAGGAUGACGGAGGAUGCUCUGCGCCUCAACCUGCUCAAGCGGAGCCUGGACCAGGCCGAGGAGCGCGACGACGUCCUGGCCAAGAGGCUGAAGAUGGAAGGGCACGAGGCCAUGGAGCGCCUCAAGAUGCUGGCCCUGCUCAAGAGGAAAGACCUGGCCGGCCUCGACGUCCCCCACGAGCUGGCCGUGAAGCCGGAUGCCGGGAAGGGCUACGAGGAAAAGCUCAACGGGAGCCUCCGGCCCCACGGCGACGGCAGGACCGGGGGGAGGCCGGGCAAGGAGAACAUCAAUGAGGAGCCCGUGGAUAUGAGCGCCAGGAGGAGCGAGCAGGACAGGGGCCGAUUGACCCCAUCCCCGGACAUCAUCGUCCUCUCCGACAACGAAGCCUCCAGCCCCCGUUCCAGCUCCCGCAUGGAAGAGCGCCUCAAGGCAGCCAACCUGGAGAUGUUCAAGGGGAAGAGCAUAGAGGAGAGGCAGCAGCUCAUCAAGCAGCUCCGGGAUGAGCUGCGGCUCGAGGAGGCCAGGCUGGUGCUGCUGAAGAAGCUGAGGCAAAGCCAGCUGCAGAAGGAGAACGUGGUGCAGAAGACUCCCGUGGUGCAGAACGCGGCCUCCAUCGUCCAGCCUUCUCCUGCUCACGUGGGACAGCAGGGACUGUCCAAGCUGCCCUCCAGGCCUGGAGCUCAGGGGGUUGAGCCUCAGAACCUAAGGACAUUACAGGGUCACAGCGUCAUCCGCUCGGCCAGCACCACCACCCUGCCCCACAUGCUCAUGUCCCAGCGCGUGAUCGCUCCCAGCCCUGCCCAGCUCCAGGGCCAGAGGGGGCCUCCCAAACCCGGCCUCAUCCGGACCACGACGCCCAGCAUGAAUCCAGCCAUCAACUACCAGCCACAAUCCAGCUCGUCCGUGCCGUGCCAGCGGAGCUCCUCCUCGGCCAUCUACAUGAACCUCGCCUCCCACCUCCCGCCCGGCUCCGUGGCCAGGGUCUCCUCUCCCCUUCCCAGCCCCAGCGCUUUGUCCGACGCCGCCAAUUCCCAAGCCGCUGCCAAGCUGGCCCUACGGAAGCAGCUGGAAAAGACCCUGCUGGAGAUCCCCCCCCCAAAACCCCCCGCUCCCCUCCUGCAUUUCCUACCCAGCGCCGCCAACAGCGAGUUCAUCUACAUGGUGGGGCUGGAGGAGGUGGUGCAGAGCGUCAUCGACAGCCAAGGGAAAAGCUGCUCCUCCCUGCUGCGCGUGGAGCCCUUCGUGUGCGCCCAGUGCCGCACGGACUUCACCCCGCACUGGAAGCAGGAGAAGAACGGGAAGAUCCUGUGCGAGCAGUGCAUGACGUCCAACCAGAAGAAGGCCCUGAAGGCCGAGCACACCAACAGGCUCAAGAACGCCUUCGUCAAGGCCCUGCAGCAGGAGCAGGAGAUCGAGCAGAGGCUGCAGCAGCAGGCGGCCCUGUCCCCCACCGCGGCGCCCGCCGGCUCCGGCGUCAGCAAACAGGAGAACAUCCUGAGGCACCACACGCUCCGGCAGGCUCCGCAGCCCCAGAGCUCUUUGCAGCGUGGAAUUCCCACCUCCGCCCGCUCCAUGCUCUCCAACUUCGCGCAGGCGCCGCAGCUCUCCGUGGCGGGCGGGCUCCUGGGCAUGCCAGGUGUGAACAUCGCCUACCUGAACGCCGGCAUCGGAGGCCACAAAGCAUCCAGCCUGGCGGACCGGCAGCGGGAAUACCUCCUGGAUAUGAUCCCGCCUCGCUCUAUAUCCCAGUCCAUCAGCGGACAGAAAUAACCCCUGCUGAGCAGAGCAGCCCCCUCGACCCCGCUCCCGUCGCAUGCAGUGCCUGUGCUGGUGCCUACCGUCCCCGGGGGAAAGCAAAGCCAGAAACCCACAGCAAGAGAGGAACCCAGCCCAGCCCACCCCACUUUUCCCACCCUCCGGCAUCCUUCUCCUUUCCUCCAGCCCUUUUCCACGUGGGAAGCGAGGGGCCGCUUCCUUUGCCCGAGGUCUGCUUGAGGUCAGCACUCGCCGUGUGUGUUCCAGCUUGGGUGAUGCUGUUUUUUGUAAUGACAAAGCCUAGAGUUUGGAAUUGUAUCGUGGGGUUC